CAGUAUGCGGGCGUCUGCUGUGACCACGUCUAGUUCACAAGUUGAUGAUAUGGCAUUAACUUUUAUUCUUAUUGAAUAAAAUAUAUUUUAACAUUUAAAGUAAAUCAAUUAAUAUUUCAAUGAAUUUAAUUUCACAGUGAAUAAACAAGUUUUUAAAGGAAAAUUGAAAGAAAAGCAAUUGUUAAUUUCGCGAAAAUUGUGUAAUAAUCCUUUGACAAGUCAAAGUAUAUAAAAGAAAAUUGAAUUCAGGGUAUGAAAAGUUGUUGGAGAUUAUAUGGAUUUUAGAUUUUAAAAAAAAUGUCGAGAAAGAGACCGCACGAUAUUGAAGAUAUGCAGAGCAAUAAUAUUGCCAAUGAUACAAAUCAGAAUGGAGACCAUGCUUCGUCUUCGAGGGAGGAGUCACCGUCUUUUCCGUCAAUUUGCAAAGAGGCCCCAUUUAUGGACGACGAGGAGGCUAUUUUAGAACGAAAAUGUUGCGAUUACGAUGUCAAAAUUUCAGUGGAAAUGGCUCAAGCUGGAAAAGCUCCUAGGAAGAUUCGAGUAUACGCAGACGGAAUUUAUGACCUUUUUCAUCAAGGUCACGCUCGACAACUGAUGCAAGCAAAAAAUCUUUUUCCGAACAUUUACCUUAUAGUGGGAAUUUGUAAUGACGAAUUAACUCACACAAGAAAAGGUAAAACAGUAAUGAAUGAAUUUGAAAGAUACGAUGCAGUCAGGCAUUGCAGAUACGUAGACGAGGUUAUAAGAGAUGCCCCGUGGGAAUUGGAAGACGAUUUUAUUGACAAAUACAAGAUCGAUUUCGUUGCCCACGACGCGAUUCCCUACAGUACAGAAGAUGAGGAAGAUCUUUACGCGAAAUUAAAAGAACGAGGUAUGUUCGUGGCAACACAAAGAACAGAAGGUGUAUCAACGUCGGAUAUUGUAGCGAGAAUAGUAAAAGAUUACGAUAUCUACGUGAGAAGGAAUCUCGCUCGCGGAUACACAGCAAAGGAUCUUAAUGUCUCAUUUCUAAACGAUAAGAAGUUUAGGCUACAGAAUAAGUUCGAUGAUCUCAAAGAUAAAGGGAAACAGAUGAUAGAGAAUUUUGGUGAGAAACGAAUGGAUAUUAUUAGUAAAUGGGAGGAAAAAUCACGAGAUUUUAUUGACACUUUCCUCUUGUUAUUUGGCCGCGAGGGACGAAUUUCAACAAUAUGGCAUGAAGGCAAAGGUCGCUUAAUGCAAGCGAUCUCGCCUCCUUCGAGCCCAAAAAGGAAUGGCAGCCCUAAUAGUAGUUAUUGCUUCAGCAAUGACGAGGAACGCGCAAGUCCACCGCCUAUGAAAGCUGGUCGUUUUGAAUUUUCCAAAAAUGGACAUUAUUUCCACGAGGAUUAUAGUGACGAUGAAGAAUAUCGAAUGUCAAAGUGAUCCUUGGAAGAAUCCGAGGAUCUUUUAAAUCGACUCGACCAAAUCUAGCGAAUUUUAAUUUUAUUAAGAAACAACAACAAAAAACAAAAAACUGUUACACCACAAUGAUUCAUUGAAAUAAUUAGAUCAUUUUACAUUUAAAUAUGUCAUAGAUUUUAGGGUUUGUUUUCAGUUUCGCUUCGCAUCAACGAGUUUUUUAAAAAAACAACAGUAAAAAAAUUAUGCCCCAAGAAAAAUGUCGAAUUACUUAAUUUCAACAAACUCUAUAAACGUGUACUUAAAUUUUAAGAUAUUGCAUUUGAUAAUAGUACAUUAAUUUUUUUCUUUCCCUCCUUUUGUAUUCUGUGAGUUUGACAUAUGUGGGCAUUAUAGAUUGUAUAAAAGUGAUUCAAUUUAAAUUAUUGAAUUCGUAUAUAUUUAAAAAAUCCGAUAUUAAAAAGUAAUUAUUAAAAUGAAAAAAAAACGUUAAAAAUACAUAGUUGUGAUAUAAAAAAGCAGAUUUGUGAAACAUGUUUCAAUAGAUUAAUUAUUAAGCUCGUAAAAAUGAAACUGAACAAUAAAACAACGGUUCUAGACUUCUUUGAAUGUGUAAUAUUUUGUAAUACACUAUUUGUUGAAGAAGAAGAAGAAGAAGAAUAAUAAUAAUAAUAUAAAUUAAAUUUUUAAGAAAGACUUGGAAAAAUAUGUGUGACCAACUCGGUGAUUGUUGACGUCAACUACAGGAAUUGAGGACUGUAAGAAUAUUGAUCUGCACAUUGUAUUCGAAUUAAAAAUGUAUUUCGUUUCGAGUGAGUUUUUUUUAUAGUUUUAAAUUCACUAGCAGUUUUAUAUGGACUAUUUUAUAUAGAGAAAACAAUUUCUAAAUAGUUUUUAGGGUUGGUAAGAACGCAAUUGUGUCUGUACAUUGUCAUGAUAUUUAGUUUUCAUUUUGUAAGUAUUAGCGAUACCCUAUGAAGUAAACAAGAAAAACGCGUUGUGAAAACAAAAAAAAAAUGUUUGUAGAGGAAUUAUUGUUGCUAAAAAAAACUUGCUGUUAACUAGAUAUAUUUGUAAAUUUAUUUCUUGUGAUUAUUUAUGAAUUCAAUUUUUAGUUUCUUUCUCUUUUUUGAGUACUUUGAGUGUCGAAAAGAAAACAAAGAGGAUUAUUUAUUUUUCGUAAAAUAGUUUCAAAGCAAUGUAUUUCGAUAUACGAAAAGAGAUUAGAAAGUUAAUAGAACUGUUUGUAUUUUAAUUUGAUUAAAUAACAUUUUUCUUGAUAUGAAAAACACGACUGAGAUUUAUAAUUAAUUUAAUAAUGAAUCGACGUUAGAUUUUAAAUUAUUUAUCGGUAAAUAAAAUUAUUAUUGUAAAACAAAAAGUUAUGAAAAAAAUGCAAUUGGUUGAGUUUAGUUAUCACAUGAUUCAUGUCCGUUAUUAUGUAAUUAAGAAUUGUAUGAAAAUAAACAUAAAGUUCUAUUUACUGCUAA